AUGUCUUCCACCGAGAAGAGCGCUCCAGGAAAGACCUAUCCUCUUUACACCCGGGAGGAGGUCGGCCGCUUAAUUGCCCGUGGUCUCAAGAUUGUCAUCGUUGACCAGCACGUCCUAAAAAUCGACCCAUGGGUCAAAUACCACCCCGGGGGGCACCUCGCCAUCCUCCACAUGGUUGGGAGGGAUGCGACUGAUGAAGUUGAUGUCCUUCACUCACCCGAGGCCCGUCGGCAGAUGGAACGCUAUCGCAUCGGUCGUAUCGAAGGUCGCUGGAAGAACUUCGUCCCUCCCAUCCAAGGCGGCAUCUUCGAUUCCACCACCCUGGAACAAAACUCGGAGGCCGGCUCGCCGUCCGAUGCAAUCAAGGAUACGUCGUCGAGCGACGCCAGUUCCAGGGCACCCUCUCCCGUCUUCGACAAUGAGAGUCCAACUCUUCAAAGCCGCCACGGUCUGGGCAGUGCAUUGACAUCAUUAUCCCCUUCGCCAUCGCCCGAUGGCUUAAAGGAGAAAGAGGAGGAGGAGGAGAUGGAUGGCAUGACGUACUUGGACGUUCAGACUAAGAAGCAGAUCAGCCUAGACCUCGACCAAUACCCAGCCCCGGACCAGGAUACCCAAGAAGUAAUAGUUGAGAAAUAUCGCCAACUACACGACCGCCUAAAGGCUGAAGGCCUCUACGACUGCAAUUAUAGGGCAUACGCUAUCGAACUGACCCGAUAUUCUACUCUGGUGCUGCUCUCGCUGUUCUUCUUGAAGACAGGCUAUUACGCCCUCAGCGCCGCCUGCCUCGGCAUGUUCUGGCACCAAGGUGCUUUCUCUGCCCACGACGCUGGCCAUAUGGGCAUAACUCAUAACUUCCAUUUGGACACCGUCAUCGGGAUAUUGAUUGCCGAUUUCUGCGGAGGUCUGUCGCUUGGCUGGUGGAAAUGGAGUCACAAUGUUCAUCACAUCGUGACAAACUCUCCCGAGCACGACCCGGAUAAUCAGCACCUGCCCUUCUUCGCAGUAUCCCACCGGUUUUUCGAAUCGCUCUUCUCGUCGUACCAUUCCCACAUUAUGAAAUACGACUUACCGGCGCGCUACAUCACCCAAAUCCAAGCAUAUCUGUACUACCCCAUCAUGGCUGUCGCUCGGCUUAACCUCUACUUACAGUCUUGGCUUUACUUACUUCGAGGCACAGGACCAAAGAGGGGUCCUGCUUGGUGGCAUAGGUGGUUCGAACUUCUUGGCAUGGCAGUUUUCUGGACUUGGUUCGGAUACUUCCUCAUGUACAAGUCAAUUCCCACAAACUGGGAUCGCUUCGUCUUCUUCACCAUCAGCCAUGUCAUUACCAUGCCGCUCCAUGUUCAGAUCACAGUGUCCCACUUCGCCAUGAGUACCUCAGAUCUCGGACCGGAUGAAUCGUUUGCGCAGAAGAUGCUGAGAACCACAAUGGACGUGGAUUGCCCCGCCUGGCUGGAUUUCUUCCAUGGUGGACUCCAGUUCCAAGCUAUACAUCACCUUUAUCCGCGCAUCCCUCGGCACAACCUCCGUACAGCGCAAAAGCUGGUCCAGGAAUUCUGCAACGACGUCGGAAUCCCUUACGCCCUCUACGGGUUCGUGGAUGGGAAUAAAAAGGUUGUCGGUCACCUGGCCGAAGUCUCUAGGCAAGGAGCGAUAUUGGCCAAAUGUCAACGGAGCAUAGCCAAGCGGGGUGACUAUUUUGCCCAUUGA